AGGUUCAGAUCAGUUCUCGUAAAAGAAAAGCUGCAAGAAACAUUGGUUGAUUUUUUCAAAAGUAAAGUAUACAAAAGUGAGGACUGUGCUGAAUGGACCAAAAGUUUGUGCAACAAUGUUAAAGACAUGCUAAAAUCCAUGGGUUUUCCAAGAUAUAAAUUCAUUGUACAAGCUGUAAUUGGCGAAAUGAGAGGACAAGGAGUGAAGAUGUGUUGUAGAACGUUUUGGGACUCAGAUACCGAUUCAUAUGUUCAAGAAACUUUCGUGAAUAACUCACUAUUCUGCGUCGUGGUCUGUUACGGAGUUUAUUAUUAUUAA